GCGGCUGCUCGGCUUUUUGCUCCCGGGUCGCUCCGGAGACCCAGCCGCUGGAGUUUCUGCACUUCCCUCCGCGAACCACCGAAGAGCUCCCGCCGCUGCUGCAGGGUGAGGAAUACAUACGUUGAAGCUUGGGACAAGACAUUUAUACAUUUCUGUGGCAAAAUUAAAGACCUGCCAUGACGAUGAAGAAAGAGACUGAAUUUGUCAUUUUCACCUAAAGAAAAAUGAUAGACAAAAAUCAGACCUGUGGUGCAGGACAGGACUCCAUGCCCUAUAUGACCUGUCUGAUCCACGUGCUUGAAGAAUGGUUUGGUGUGGAGCAGCUGGAGGACUAUGUGAACUUUGCCAACUACCUCUUGUGGGUUUUCACACCCCUGAUACUUUUAAUACUUCCCUACUUUACCAUCUUUCUUCUCUACCUUACCAUUAUUUUCUUACACAUUUAUAAGAGGAAGAAUGUGUUAAGAGAAGCUUAUUCCCACAAUCUGUGGGAUGGUGCGAGGAAGACGGUGGCGACCCUGUGGGACGGACACGCGGCAGUGUGGCACGGUUAUGAAGUUCAUGGGAUGGAAAAAAUACCAGAAGAAGGACCAGCACUGAUAAUUUUUUAUCAUGGAGCUAUUCCCAUAGAUUUUUACUAUUUCAUGGCUAAAAUUUUUAUCCAUAAAGGCAGAACCUGCCGAGUAGUAGCCGAUCACUUUGUCUUUAAAAUUCCAGGGUUUAGUUUAUUACUUGAUGUAUUUUGUGCUCUCCAUGGACCAAGAGAAAAAUGUGUUGAAAUCCUGAGGAGUGGUCACUUGUUAGCUAUCUCACCAGGCGGAGUUCGAGAAGCCCUAAUCAGCGAUGAAACCUAUAACAUUGUUUGGGGCAAUCGGAAAGGCUUCGCUCAGGUUGCAAUCGAUGCAAAAGUGCCCGUUAUUCCCAUGUUUACACAAAAUAUUCGAGAAGGAUUUAGAUCACUUGGAGGAACAAGGUUAUUUCGGUGGCUUUAUGAAAAGUUCCGCUAUCCAUUUGCUCCAAUGUAUGGAGGUUUUCCCGUGAAGUUACGCACCUAUUUAGGUGACCCCAUUCCAUAUGAUCCAAAGAUAACAGCAGAAGAAUUAGCUGAAAAGACGAAGGAUGCUGUUCAAGCUUUGAUCGAUAAGCACCAAAGAAUACCAGGAAACAUCAUGAGUGCUCUGCUGGAGCGUUUUCAUCGGAAACGAAAGAUCAGCUAGAAGACGACUUAAUACAUUUAUAUUAAUAUGUUUGUGCAAAAAAGUACACUCUUCUAAAUUUUGUAGGUUCUAUAAUUAGUAUUUUUUAAAAAAUCAUGUUAAAAAUAAGCAUCUUUUGCUGAACUUGUUUGUUUCAAGUUGUAUUGUCAGUUGCAUUUCUGCAAUCAACUGUCAGACUGAAACCAUAACUCACUACACGCCUAGUCGUUCAGAAAAUGAUCAUGGUUCUCUUUAUAACUUCCUAAUAAUGUAUGAUAAACAUAGAUCCUUAAAGUUAAGUUUGUUAAUAACAGCAAUUUAGGUUAAACGAACAUUCCUAAAUAAUGCCUCUAAUUUCUGUUACCUCCUGCAAUGAGCCAGUUUUGCAAUGAUGGCAUAACCUAGGGUUUAGUACAGACACUUAAGUUAGGAAAAAGACACUCUCUCAUCUGCCCCUCAUUCCUUUUGUGACCUUGGGUAAAUCACAUAAUGUUUUUCGUGCCUCAACAAUUCACUUUUUUAAAACAUGUUAAUACUUUGGUGAGGAAUAUUGUUUUAAAUUCUUUAUAUUUGCUGCAAUUGAUAACUAUAGAACCAAAAUUAUGACUCAAUUAGUUAAAUAACACCAAGAUCUUUUACAGGUUUAUGUAUAUAUUUUGUCCAGAGGAUGUUUAAAUUAUUCCUUCAGGUGUAAUGUCAGGUUGCCAAGCACAACGAAAAAGAUGUACUGUUUUCAAAUUGAAUAGAAAAGAAAUUAGGAAAUGUAAAACUUCCAGUCAUUGUUACUUUUAGUGUUACAUGUUUGACGAGAAUCCGUGGACCAGCAGCGCGGGGUGUGCCGCGCCUCGUCCGCCCUGUGAGGCGGCGUUUCAUAGUGUGAGGUCGCAGACCGCUGCUGUGCUCGGCCUCUCACGCGUCAGAAGCUGACUCCCUGGGCUGCUGUAGCAGAGAGAGGAAGCCUUCCUCUUGCACGACAUCCUGGCUCAUUCAGUGUGACUUUGCAACCAGGCGGAUGGUUUAUUGUUUCAAUAAAAAUAUCCUUGAAUGAUGAAUUUAUGUGAACACAAAGCUUUCUGAAAAAUUAAUGGCUUUUGAUUUGUUGUCUCCUUGAAAUCUGAAUUUUAAAAAGUAUUUAAACAGAAUAGUAACAGGAAUCAAAUGCAGUAUCUCCCUGUCCCAUGUUUAGAUAUUAAAUUACUUGGAUUUUUUAGAGACUUUUGUAUAACACGUAUGUCUGUAUGAUGUCAUGUAUAUAAAAUUAAGCAGCAUAAAAAUAAAAGUAAUGCUGAAUUACAGUUCA